UCUCUCCUUUCCUCUCUACCUCAUUUCUCAGAUCCGCAGGAUCUUCAUUUUCAUGGAGGCUUGAAAACCCUAAAUAGAUACUCUUUUACAGAUCACUGAUCCGCUAGUGAAGAAGAAAUCACCUUUCUCUCUCUCUCUCUCUGUAUGUUCUAGCGGGAAUCGUUUCAUAUUCCUCUCAGAUUUUAUCUUUCUUCACCAUCAAUCAAGGGCCUUUUCUCCAGCUUUGGACAACAGCUGGGUAUCGGUUUCUGUGAUCUUCAGAUACGCUUUCUGGGUUAUUAACAAGACUUUCUGGUUUGUUUUUCCUUUGAAUCGAGCUUCGAUUGAGAGAGGAGUAAAGGUUUUGAUUUUGAUCUGAGAAACAAGUGUUCUUGUGGUAGUUAAGCGACUAGGUGUGGUGAAAACUUCUUUCCGUCGAAAGUGUGAUUUUCUCUGAAAAUGGAAACGCUAAUCGUAGCUGCAGAACAUAGGAAUCAGUAUUAUGGGAAGAAAUCGCUUGGACAUGAUCGCUUUAGAUCAGCUCCUUCGAAAUCUUUCAGGCAGAUUAAUUGCCGAACCUUUCAUUCUGGUGUUGGUCUGCUUCCAAGACCAAAGAGAACAUCUUCAACACCUAUAACCAAAGGAGCUCUUCCUCAGGUUCAGUCUCCUCGUUCGCCUAAAUCCGUUUUGCCGGUUUUUAAGCCUCCAUCUGUUGACUGCGUUGGAACCAGUCCCAUUCCUAUUGCUAACAGAAAAGGCUCUCAGAUCCUUAGGUCUUCUAGUGAGUUUGCUGACAAAAGGAGAAGCCUUUCUUACUCUGAGCUUUGGGCAGGACCUACUUACUCCAACUCGCCUCCGCCUACUUCUGUGCCGAUUCCUAAGUUUUCUCUCCGGCAAAAGAGGACGGUGUCUUUGAGCUUUCCCCGUGUGGACUCUGCUGUUGAUAUACGUGAAGUUGCUAAGUCUGCGCCGGUUUCUCCAACUUCAUCUGGUGACAGCCCUUUCCAUAGUACUGUCUCUGCCACUAUAACACUGCGUCGCAUGCUCAAUCUUGAGACUGCUGAUGAAUGAAGAUCCAGGAGCCUUUAGGGGAACGGGGGUUAGUUUUAGUUUUAUGCACAUAGAAAUAAGGUGUUAGUCACCAAUUUGGUUUGAGUUUGCUUUUUUAGCUUUUAAUGGCGAUGGGGAAGGAACACGUAAGCAGUCUUGACGCAGAGUUUGUCAGCAGUUACUGGAUCUCCUUUGCAGAUUGGGGUGUGAUAUUAAUGGUGGAGUUAUAGUGAGUAGAAACAUUCAGGAAGCAGAUUGAAAUUGCGUAAAAGAGAAGACUUGAUUCUUGGGUUAGCAUAUAGGAUGGCCAAAACAAUAACUAGUCUCUAACAUAUACCCUGGGUGAAUGCUAAGUUCAUGUGGCGAUGCUUGAACAUUAGCGUUUCCUCUUUGCCCUUUGUAUAGUUUCUCUUUAGAGUCGUCUUUUUCCCUUUUGGCUUCUUUUCUUAAGUGGGUUAGAUAGCAACUAGCUAACCUGUACAUGCAGUAGAGCCUUUGAUCACACAAGCCUUUGAUCAUACUGGUUCUCCAACGUCUUUUCGGGGUCUUAGUCUUACCUUUGUGUCUUGUAUCUCCCUCCCUGUCCAUAUCUUUUCUUAUAACCCUUUUUUCUACUUUCAUCACUUAAGUCUUCUUUUCCUUCUAAUUCAUUUCUAUCCAGCCUUAAAAGAUGUGUAAAUCUUACUACUACUGUUUAGUCGUCUUCCUCUUCAGCUCUUUUCCUGUUUUUUUGUAAAGGAAAAAGGGAAUUGGAAGUUCUAGUGACCCUCUUAGACUAUCUCUACUGAUAAGUUUCACCUGGAGGAAAGCCAAUACUUCCUCCGAAGAAUAGAGAUUCCUCAGGUUCUUCUCUAUACCGGUCUUUACCUUAAACACUUUCAAGUCUCCAAGGAGUUUCGUGAUCCCGCCUAAUAUGCUCACCAGGGACACCUAUAGAAGCUGCUGCUCUGCUCUACUCUGCGUUUGAUGCUUCUUAUUUUCUUUUGUCUUUGGUUGAUCUGUUACACAGUGAUAUGUGUGAUCUCUGUGUUUGGAACUGUUGUCUGUUGCUUCCUGAAACGUUUGUCUCUUCUUGUCCUUUGGUAAUUUGUGAAGUGUUGUAGACGUUUUGCUAUCUUGGUUUGAGUUUUAAUGUUGCAAGAUAUGUAUCCCUUGUUCCCUUAAAUUAUUAUCAUUCUCUUUUGGCUUUA